GACCUACAUUCAAUAUUUCUGGCUACAUGCAAAAUGCUACAUCUUGCAGAAAAAUCAACACUGCACCCUAAAUACAUUACACCUACAGUCAAACAUGAUGGUGGCAGCAUCAUGCUGAGGGAACUCUUUUCUUUGGCAGCAACGAGGAGCUUUUGUAAGUCGACAGAAAGAUGGAUGGAGCUAAAUACAAAGCAAUCUUGCAAAAAACUUGUUAGAGGCUGAAACACAUCAAUGCUAACACAUCCAUAUUGAUGUGUUAGCAUGAUCCAGCCAAAGUCCAGAGCUAAAUCCAAUUUAGAAUCUGUGGCAAGGCUUAGAAAUAACUGUUCACAGAUCUUCUCCAUCCAGCUGGGCAGGAUUUGAGCCACUUAGCAAAGAAGAAUAGUCGAACUUUUAGAUGAGCAAAGCUAGACAUGCUGCUGUAAAUUUAGGGUGGGUGAAUACAAAUACACGUUUUAGUUUUCUAUUCGUAACAAAUUUUCUUUUCCCUUCUGAAUUAUCCGUUACUUUGGGUUGAUCUUCAUCACUUAAAAUCUCAAUAAAAUACAUUCAGUUGUAACAUAACAAAUUCAGAAAAAGUUCAGGAUAUGAAUAGUUUUGCAAAGCACUGCAGCUUUAUGCAGUUAGCAACAGCGUCACUUCUGAAGGGAGCUGGGCUCAUUUGGCAAAGUCGGGUUUUCAAGAGCUCCAAGUUUGUGUUGCAUCAGUCAGACAUCAGCCUGGCAGGCUGUGAGAAUCCUGAUCGUUUCUGCUGCUUUAACCAGCCACACAGGGUUGGAGGGAAGCUGGAGUGUAAGGAGAAUCUGAAGCUAUGAAAGCUUUAAAAGCAGGGAGGGGGAGGUUGUUGUUGCAGUCUGAUCCUAAAACACAGGUGCAGCCUUUCUCCUGCUUUUGUGCACAGCCCACCCCCCUCUUCCCCAGCUGCAAAGUGUUUGUCCAUCUGAUCCUCCAUUAAAUCCUGAUUAUUAUGGAUUUGUCUUUUCCCAAACCUGUGAUCUGCAAAGAUGGGCGUGAUUGAGGUCAUACCGUAAAUUGAUCUGACAGUUGGGGCUAUUUGUUGGCAAUCAAACGAAGGCAUCAAUUUCAACUCUGUUAAAUGUGCAGAAACUACUGUGAAAUAGGGUAGAGAAAAUGAGACAGCAAUCCUCAUCGCACGUCUGAAGACAUGUAAUUGAAGUAUCAUCAGUGAUAGCACUCUGUGCAUUUAGUUUCAGCUGGUUUUACAGAGCAGAAUUAUUGCUUGAUCCAUUUCUUGAGUUUCUGUACAGCAGCUGCGACCUGAUCUGUAGCCCACUUCUCUCCAGUGCAAAACUACAACAGCAGAGGGGGGUGGGAGGUUCUGGGAUUUGGGGGGCUUCCAUGCGGCGUCACGCCGAGCCCAUCAUUGUCUCCCUCACACUUUCUAACAAGCCAUUUCACAACAUCCAGACAGCGGAUCGGGCUGUGCGCAGCAGCAGAGACGGCAGCAGCUUUGCUCUCUGGGCUCUUUUCCUCCUCCUGCUCCUCCUCCUCUUCGACCAUAACUAACAACCUGGAUGAGGCAAAUUACCUGAACUAAUCUCUCAUAACGUCUCCUUUCCAAUCGACUGAUGUAGAGUGAGUUAUGUGAUGGCUGGGGAGAUCCGAGUCCGCCGGGUGCGAGAUUUGGCUGCUUGAGAUUAAGAGACACUUUGAUUUGGCUGCAGAGCGGACUCUGGAGGAAUUGAUCCGGCGGACACCACAAUGCACGGAGCGAUGGAUAUAACACUCAGAGAGCCGCUGAGUGCGUGUGAUUUCGGAUUAGUGUGACAGCCUGGUGUCUUGAGGGGAGUUUUGUUUUUUUCUAUGUAUAUUUUUGGUCUGGAGUCUGUUUUCUCUCUGUUCGCUGUCCUCCGGGUUCCUGCAGAACUCCUGAGUCGCGGAGAGCCCAUGCAGCCGCAAAGGGAGAGGAGCGAAGCGCGACCCCGAGCUGGAUGGAUGGUUAUGGGGGAAAGAGGGAGACCCUCGGCGCUUGACGUGUGCAGAGUCCUCGCAGUGUUUUUCGCACUUUUCCCCUCCGUGAGCCUGCAGUGCAAGGUCAUCAAGUGUACCACUGAAUAUCUGGCUGUCACCUCAAACUCUGGACUCGGGGAGGAGGAGUACUGCACGGCUCUGCGGGCGUACAAAAGCUGUGUAGGCCGGCUGGCACGGAGCUGCAGGGGCGACCUGGCCUAUCACUCCGUCCAGCAUGGCAUCGAGGACCUAAUGAACCAAAAGAACUGCUCCAAGGUGGGGCCGACGUUCCAGCCGCGACCCAGGACCCCGCCACCUCCUCCACCGCCUCCCCCUGUCCUGACCGACAGCCAAGAGCGCUCCGACGGCCCUGAGGUCUGUCACUACGAGCGCAGUCUCACGCGUAACUCGGCACAGCCUAACUACACCCACUGCGGCUUCUUCGGAGACCCCCACCUCAGGACCUUUGGCGAUGACUUUCAGACAUGCAAGGUGGAAGGAGCCUGGCCCCUCAUCCAUAACAAAUUCCUGUCGGUUCAGGUGACCAACUUGCCUGUGCUUCCAGGAUCUUUGGCAACUGCCACAAGCAAGCUGACAAUCAUCUUCAGGAAUUUCCAGGAAUGCGUGGAGCAGAAGAUGUACCACGCAGAGACGGACGACCUGCCGGCUGCGUUCGCCGAUGGCUCCAAGAACGGAGGCGACCGCUACGGGGCCAACACCCUGCGAGUGGUGGAGAAGGUUCCCGGGCAGCACGUGGAGAUCCAGGCCAAGUACAUCGGAACCACCAUCGUAGUCCGGCAGGUCGGCCGCUACCUGACCUUUGCCGUGCGCAUGCCAGAGGAGGUUGUAAACUCUGUGGAGGAAGGCGAAACACAGGACUUGUAUUUGUGUCUCCACGGUUGCCCCGCCAACCAGCGCAUUGACUUUCGGAGCUUCAGAGCCCACGCAGCGGAGGCGACUCAGAGUGCCAGUAGGACCAGGGGCGGCGCUGGGACGCACGGCUUCACCUACAAGUCUGCAAAGGCCAAGUGCAAAGAACGGCUUCCAGUGGAAGAUCUGUACUUCCAGUCUUGCGUGUUUGACCUCCUCUCCUCUGGAGACAUUAAUUUCACCAUGGCAGCGUACUAUGCUUUUGAGGAUGUAAAAAUGCUCCACUCAAACAGCAACAGAUAUCACAUCUAUGAAAAGGAUGCUCUAAGCAGCGCUGCACAGAGAGGCAAAAAUGUCCUUUUGGUUUUAGUCCUUAACAUCCUGGCCAUCUUACUGUGGAGCACAGCUCCUCUGUAGUUUGUUUGGCACGGUCUCCUCAUGUCGUGUCUGUCAGUGAAUGUGGAAGAACCAUCGCUGUGUCGUAUAUCAGCUUCUCCAGCAGCCCAUUUUGGUGGUACUGACGUCAGCCUGAUGACAAGACGACGCACACUACUCACUCACCCGCCUGUCAUUACAUGCAUUUAGCUGCUUUUACUCUUUGAAGAGAUCCCAGAGCUCAGGAUGUCCACCUAGGAUUAAAAAGUAUGAAAAACCCCCAAGAUGAUCUUCUGCAGAAAGAGGGCUCUGCUGAUCCUGCCUCGUCUGAUCCGCACGUUGGUGCCAGGGCCAGCCAUGGCUCAUGUGCCUGAGCAGGGGAUUGGAGUGGGUGGGGAUUGGGACCUGACAGGGGGCUUUUGUUAACCUAAGGCCAGAGGCAGUUCCAUGUUUGAUUAGUUUCCAGCUUUGGAAAAGCCUGAGAUUUUCGGAAGAAGCUCCCAGCCAAAAGGAUGUCAGAGCAUCGUCUCCAGUUGUCUGCAGUGGAGAUUAAUGAGUCAUAUUGUUAGGUUUUGUGUGUGUGCGUGCGCAUUAGUACAAUGUGUGUGAAGAAUUGAGCAAAUCUCCACUGGGAAUUAAUAGAAAUGCGUCAUUUGUCAGUGACACACAACCAUUCCCGCUAUUGUUUCAGCUGACACUGUUCGUUUCUCAAGCCUGACGCGUAAACUCAGCAAAAGAGAACCAACUUUACUGGCGCUUUGGAGGAGGCCGACCAACCAAUUGGAGUGUGACAGCUUUGUUUUAACGACGAUGAAGAUGGUGUCUGUUCGGCUCAGAAGACGUCACCUCUGAUCGGUGUUAAGCAUUACAGACCGAGGCCUGACUGAGUCACAAUGGCUGAACAAUAAGCACGUCUGUACGAAAAAAAAAAGGUGAUCUCGUGGCUGAAGUUGUUGCCAAAGAACGCUCUCCUGUGCCAACGUUUGCCUCCUAACAAUGUAAUUCUCAGCGCUCAGCCUCAAACUCUUUACAUUAGGAGAACCUUCAUUGUACAUAACUCGUGUUUGCCAUACAGUGAAGAAAUACAGUUGCUUUUUCUCGUGCGUUCAUGUUGAUACAUGCUCCUCCCUGGAGGACAUCUUUCAGCUGCAGCAUCUGUUCCAUGCCGUUACUACCUUCGUCGUUUAUCGUUUACGCUGAAGUGUGCGGCAGGCCUUUCUCACUGCUGUUCUGAAUGUGUUCUACAUACGCUCCAACAACAAAAAAGUAGAGGUGUCAGAUCUUGUGUUAGUAGAUGUAACUGUGUGUUUUACAGUAUCUGGUUCGACUUAUAUUCUGUGAGAAUUGUACAUAUGUUUUGUGCAUUGUUGUGUUUAGAUCUGUAUAUCACCGGUUGUGUUUUUUGGAAUUGAACCCCUUUGUACAAAAUGUUUUUGGUGAAUGUGAGCCUCCUAUUGUUUGAAAAAAUUGAUUUAUUAAUUAUAUUUCAACAACACGAACGCCACAGAACAGUCUUCAAGACAGUACACAUGUUAACAGACUUGUUUACCAUAGAUGUUUAACGCAGCUGACCUUCCUGAAAAAGAGAAUGUAGGAAAAUGUUCUGUGGCGUUUGUGUGUUUGAGUUUGAUGCACUUUAUGUUUGUUUUUCUUUUCAUUCUGAUGGUUAAAAUGAAUUGUACAAAAUAGCUGACCAGGAUAGGCCAGAAAGAUCAAACUGUGUUCUAAUGUAAAUCUUAUGUGGUCCCAUAUGCCAGCUGUUGAUAAUGUAAGUUAUUUAUUGAAUAAAAGACAACGUCUUGUCAA